UUUAAGGGCUAGCUCUCACCCAUGCGCCCCGUGUGCUUCCCCCUCGAAUUUCGCCCCCUCUGAUUGCGCACCCGCCCUGCUCUCCACCGACCGUCAUGGCGCCCACUCGCAGCAAGCAACCAAAGUCUCAGUCGAAGGGUACGAAGGCGAAGGGAGCCGCCGGAGGCACCCAAACCGUCUGGAAGGCCACAAUUGUUGCCAACGGCCCCUCAGACUUUGCCUUCACGGAGAACGUCACUCCCCAGUCCUACAGCAGCGACGCCGCCUGGACCCAGUACAAGUUCGAGCCCUACUCGCGCGAUGCCCGCGAGUACCUGGACGCCCGCCGCGAGCGGUCCCACCAGCGCAAGCGCUCGGUGAACCACAUCCCCCGUCCCCCCAACGCCUUCAUCAUCUUCCGCUCGUCCUUUAUCAAGGCCCACAAGGUCAGCAAGGCGAUCGAGAACUCGCACGCGAACCUGUCCAAGAUUGUGGCCGCCGCCUGGAAGCAGCUUCCCCCCGCCGAGCGCACCUACUGGUACAGCCGCGCCGCGGACGCCACGAAGGAGCACCACCUGCGCUUCCCGGACUACCAGUUCCAGCCGCGCCACUUACCCAGCUACAUCGGGGGGAAGCGUCAGGUACGGGACAUGGCGCCCAUCGACGAAGAACGCAUUCAGAAGAUCACGGAGCUCAUUGCCGAAGGACUCACGGACGAUGCGCUAGACAAGGAACUGCAGGCUUGGGAGAGUUCCCGCGUCAAGCCUGCCGUCACGCGCUUCGAGCCACCCGUGACCGCCAGCGCCUUCCGCCGCUCGUCGUCGGCGCCGCCCGAGGAGACGGAGCACAUCCGCCGCUCGAACGAGUUCCUCCAGCUCCCUGACCCUAUUCGCCGCCCCUCGACUGUUGAACCCGAGGACCGCUCGGCCGUGGCCCGCUUCCCACCGGUCCCUAAACCGCAAUCCUUCGGUGGUCAGGACCAGCCGGACCCACAAAUUUCGUUCGCCGGUUUCUCGUUCACCAACACAUGCGCUGCGCCCAAGGUUGUCGAGGUCGAUCCUCUGACGCCGGUGGCGCCGAACGAGAAUGUCUCCUUAUCGCGCGCGCCCGCCACCCCGUACAGUCCCCGCUGUGCGACUGCCUCGAGCCCCAUCUCGUUACCCUCUCCCGCCGAGUAUUCUCCGGGUCCGCCCCAGGACAUGUCCUCGCCCAUCGCGCCGCCCUCGCCGUGCUACGAUGCGUCAUCGCCGGCCUACGAUGCCUCGUCACCGGCCUAUGCACCCAUGGCACCGUAUCCGACGCCGUCGCCCGCCUCGUACAUGGCGCCCUCGCCCGCUGCGCAACCUCCGUACAACACCAAGAUGCCCGCAGGUCCGACCUAUGCGAUGCCCACGCCCGUCUACGCCGCGCCGUCCCCCUACGGGCAGCUCACCAUUGACACGAGCGUUGGCGCGCCCGAGUACAACGCCUCGGGGAUGUACUACCCGACGCCGGUCACCGCGAGCGACAUGAACAACAAUGGAGGAUACCAGAACUUCAACGCCGCGCCGCCGACCAAUUGCAGCGACAACGGCGCCGCUUCCUACCCCACGCCGUGCGACCUGCCCUCUCCUGCGGAUUACGGAUCAACGUACAUGGGCUCGCCUGCGGCGUACGGCACCGAGUACGUCCACCAGCCAGCCGAGUACGGGCAGCAGCCCGCGGUAUACGGUCAAGGCAUGAUGGUCGGCGAGGGUACCAUGGCUGGUGCGGGUACCAUGGGCGGUGUCAGCGAGGGCGGCGUCGCCGACGACUGGUGGAACGCUCCGACCGAUGUCCCCGACAAGACCUUCCUCAGCGGGCCCGACUUCCUCGGCGGCGAGGCCGUGGACAUGACGCCGAUGCCCAUGGGCUUCGGCGCGUACGACCAGAUCUACGCGAACGAGUUCCAGUCGCUCGUCCCGGACCAGCAAUUCGACGGGGUCAAGGCGUUCUGAGCGCGCGCGGACCCUCGCGCGUUGUCGACUCCUUGCGCGCGUCCUUCGUAGGCCAAAGCACCAUACACCCUCCUUUGGCUUGUCGACAUCCCUCGUCUGGAUACCCCUUCCUUUCCGCCUAUCUGUCUUUCCUCCUUCGGAUGGAUGUAUCCCUCUUCGGCUGGAUGUACCCGUAUUGUUCCAACACAACACAGCACAAACUAUAUCACUUCUCGACUCGCAUACGCGUUACCCUACCUGUGCCAUUAAUUUAUUCCCUCGCUGGCGACGGCACGCUUGUUCUUUCCGCUCUCCUGUGCUUGGUUCUGUUCCCUCGUCCCCGCUUGAUUCUGCUUCUCCACUCAACUGUACCUUUACACUUCGACGGCGAGAG